GAGGAGCCUACCUACAUAGUAUCUGCUUGGGAACCACGGAUCGAUCGUUCGUUAUACAGAAACCGUCUGAGUAUUGCUUCCAGACGGUGUUUAUGGUCUACAUCUAUCUGUCAAGUUAAGCAGAGCCAAAUUUGACUCUGAGCUAGACGGCCUUAACCAAGAUGGCGAUUCCUAUGGAAAGGUUAGGCGAUAGAGCCUUCAACCACAGGACGAGUGUAGAAAUUGAGAGUGAAUAUGACCGUUUGCGCGCUGAGGCCCGGGCGGAGGGUGAUAAGAUGAAGAGGUACUUCGACGAGGCCCACCAAGCCUACGAACGCGGCGACGGCGCCGAAGCCAAAAACCUGUCCAACCUCGGCAAAAAGCACAAAGCCAAGCGGGACGCACUUAACAAACAAGCAGCCGAGUUCAUCUUCCGGGAGAACAACCACCCGGAGCGCGUGGCCGCCGACACCAUCGACCUGCACGGUCUCUAUGUCGAAGAAGCCGAAGACAUUUUGGAGGCACGCAUCCGCGACGCCCAAGCCCGCGGACAAACGCACCUGCACGUCAUCGUCGGCAAAGGUAACCACUCGGCGGGCGGCGUACGCAAAAUCGCCCCGCGUGUGGAGCAGGUGUGUCGCGAGAUGGGACUCAACUUUGCCGCGGAGGAGAAUGAGGGACGGAUUUAUGUUGAUUUGACGGGCGGUAGGGUCGAUGGUCUGCCGGGCUUGCCGCAGCAGCCACCGGGGUAUCAGCCUGGAGGGGGGUAUCAGUCAGAGGGAAGGCCGAACCAGCACCACGGAGGAGGUGGGGGAGGGUAUCCGGGACAGCAGCAACAACAGCAGCAGCAGCACGGACAGCAACAUCACCAGCAAGGACAGCAGCAGAACCAGCAGGAGGACGAUAUUUGGGCAGAUUUGUUGGGGGCUUGUUUCAAAAAGUGCUGCGUUGUUAUGUGAGGGGGAUUAUGGCAGACGGUGGAUGGUAUUGGAGGUUACGUGUUAUACGGUUUUGGAUUUCAUGUUGGGUAACGACGACAUCGGCUAUGUUGGAUUUGAUGGUAAUGAUUUUGAGAUGAGCGAGCGAUUCCAAAAAGUGAUUCUGCGCAGUUGGAUUGGCUAGACUUAGAUAUCUGUUUUGAGAGGGUUUUCAAGAGAUACCAUGUUUGCGAGCGAAUGAUUGUAGUAC